AUGGUCCAUGUGGCCUAUCGUCCUUCGGGCUCCGGCUCGCCCGAGGCCUCCCAGUCGUCGCACUCUCUCCAACUCGGCGCGGCCGUGCCCAGCUCGCCCUUCCAGUCGUCUCAACCUCAUCUUGUUUCAGCCAUGCUCAGCCCGCCGCUGCCGUCGCAUUCCCAGGCAGCAUCUCCAGCGCAUUCGCAGCUCUUUUCGCCGCCGCCCUCGGUCCUCUCGCUGUCCUACUACCGUGAUUCGGUCCUGGGCUCGCCUGCGUCCUUCCGCAUGUCCUUUGGCCUCGACCGGGCCAGCUCGACCUCAGGCUCCUUCCACCGGCCUUCCUCCAGUGUCGACACCCUCCAGCGUCGCUCGUCGUGCGCCAUCAAGGUUCGCAAUGGUGUGCUCUACUCCUACGACGUCGGCACCAACCGAUCGCUCUGUGCCCUCGAGUCGGCCAUGUCCCAGCUCGCCAGCGACGUGCGCGACCUCAACGCCCUGGAGCUGCAGAUGCUCGGCGUCGUUCCGGCCAACAUGUAUCCGUCGCACUCCCGCUCCGUGUCGGCCUCGUUUUCGACCCUGUCCCGCUAUCCGACGCCCUCGGUCUACCUGGCUCCGGCCCAUGCCAACAGCGCCGAGUUUUCCUUCUCGACCACCAGCAGCACCGACUCGACGCCCAUGCCCGAGACUACCACCGUCGACCUUCCCUCGGAGGAGCCGCCCCGGCCGCCCACCCGCGAGCGCAUAUACGACGACUCGGUGCUCGAUGCCGACAGCGACGAUCCCAGCACCCGCAGCCUCGGCAACAGACACGGCACCGAAAGCGCCUCCGGAAGCGCCCCUGGCACUACCAGUCGCAACAGACGCAGCCUCAUCAGCAUUCAGGGCAUCUCCAAUCCCAACCGCCUCAGCCGAACCCCCGACAACCCCAACAGAUACAGCCUGGGCUAUUACCGGCCCGACUCCGAUGACGCCGUUCCCGAUCGCCCCUCCUCCAAUGACACCACCUUGGUCGGCAGUACCCAUCCUUCCGACACCGACCUCAAGGCCUCGCUCCUGGUCCGCAGCAAUACCACUCCCCGCCAACCGCACCGAAACUCGGCCCUCGCCUUCCAGCGAUCCAACUCCCUGUCCCUGAAGGCGAUGGCGCCGUCCCGCUCUCCCGCGCUCGCCACCACAGAGCUCGACAAGCUCACCCUCGGCGAGCUCUCGAACCUCUUUCCAAAAUGUCUGCAUGGCGAGAUGGAAAAGCGCUCUUCGGCUCUCUUCUUCAAGUCCUUCAAGCAGUACUUUUUCCUGCUGACGCCCCAUCGCCUUUACUACUUCAAGGCCAAGAGAGCCGAGGAGCCAGUCGUCGGCGCCAUGGUCGUUGACCAGCACUCGACAUGCAAUCUGUCGUCGAAAUAUCGCAAGCGCAACGUCUUUGAAGUCGCUCGCGCUGCUCCCGCCCGCGGCGACUCGCACGACCAGGACUCGGCCUGGCUGCUCCGCUGCGCCUCUGAGGCAGACGCAACAGCCUGGAUCAACGCCAUCAAUCUGUCUGUCCACGUUUCCGAAUCUCUCGAUCGACCUCAUGGAGCCAAGGUGCAGCCGCCCCUCUCUCCGGUUUCGCCCUCGAUUGUGUCCUCGGCUGCACCUUCGGUCGCGCCGCUCGCACCCAGCGACCCCGAGUCGCUCAGACGGCCGUUUUCCUUCCCGGCCGCCUCGUCCGACUCGUCGCUGCUGCGAAUGGGCUCGCUGUCCAAAGUCAAAUCCAAGUUCAAGUCCAGACACAGUCUGCUGCCUCCACCCAUCAACACCUCGAACCUGAUCUCGCUCCGCCUCAAGAGCCCCAAGCCAUCCCUCAAGUCGCCUGAGCCUUCGUUUUCGGCCAGCGCGCCUCCCAUGAGCCCGGCAUCGGGCUUUCGCAAGCGUGAUUCGAUCGCCAGCAGCGCUCGUCCCGACAGCAUGCUCCUCGCUGAUCAACUCAAGGGUCUCUCCGUGCUUUCCGAUACCACCUUUGUCAGCGGCCGCCAGCCGUCGCUGGACCGGCGCAACACAGCCCAGUCGGUGGCCCCGCCCCUGCCCGGAGACGAUGCGUUUGACAGCUUGUCCUGGGUCAACAACAAGCUCUACGGCAACGCCCUUGCCAUGGAUAUCGAUCUGCGCUCGCCGACUCCCGACAACGCAGAGUUGUUCCGAACCAUGGCCCUGCCCAAGGUUCCGAGCCGCGACACCAUCGACAUGAUGCAAAGCCACAGCACGACGUCCGCUGCCUUGGUCUCGGUCUGA